AUGUUGCGACCGGCUCUCUUCGGGAUCUUGUCCCUCACAUCAAGCACCAUUGUGGCUGCCCAAACGCUGGCGCCAUGGGAGAUCAUACAAGUCGACACUUAUUCCCCGUCCGGCCGACCAGGCAGUAGCACCGUCAGCUACAUUAAGACCACCAUCAAUGACCCAAACAGCGCCAGCAACGCCACAGCAAACUGCAACAUCGAAUGGGACGGCUUGACCAACGGCGAAACCCCAUACAAUACAGCGCUCGAAUGCACCCCAGUAGAAGACGGAACAUGGGAAUUCGAAGUCCUGCGGGCAGAUCCCGACUCGGAGAGACCCUCCAUCAGCAACUCAUCCUUCGCUUCACGCGCCUGA